AUGGACGCACCGGUCAUGUCUCAUCCAAUGUUACCGACGAAGCUGAGGUCAUACAUCGAAACCCAACUGUACCAAGAUCUCACCCAGUCAGCUCUCCUUCAACACUGGAUGAAGCGUAUCGGAAGCGACAUUCCGCUUGGCAGUGCUGCUGCGGUCGCAGCGCUUCAAGAUGCUGUCAUUGUAGCUCUCGACGCAGAGUGGUUUGAACAUGAUGAUCAAUUCAUCACGGAACUCGGCGUCUCAAUCAUCGACCCGCGUUUCAUCUCACAGCCAAUCCCCUCAUCACCAUGGAACAUUCUCUCAAGUAUUGAGAUCCACCACGUCCGGAUUAAAGCACAUGCCCAUUUUACCAACAAAGACCUCUGCAAAGGAUAUCCCGAGGCCUUCCAGUUCGGCAAUACAACCUUCAUCAGCGUGGAUGAAGCAACAACCAUGCUCCGCCGCGUCUUCACUCCCCAAGACGAAUACGGCAAUCCACGUCCAGUCAUCUUCAUGGGCCAUGCUGUCGAUAACGACUACGAGAUCAUCAAAUCUUGCUUUGGCCUUGAUCUCGAGCAACUCGGCACCAUCGUCGCUACAAUCGACACGCAAGUCCUCGCCGUUGAACAUGAGCUUGUCAAACCAUCCCGCAAAAUGCGCCUCUCAAACUUGCUUGCCAAAUAUAACAUCGAAGAGCAGUAUCUUCACAACGCAGGCAACGACAUCGUAUGCACGAUGAUCGCUGCUUUCCUCAUGCUUUGUCCCACACCCGAGAACAAGCUUCUCACCAACAGACUCCGCUACGCAGAUCUCAAAGCUCAACUCAGAGCAGCCGGGCAAAUCGCCAUCAACGAAAAACGAAGUUACGGUGUGAAACGCUUCUGCGAGAAAUGCGAUUCGAAUAAUCACACAGCUCCGUUUUGUCCUGUGAGGGUCUGGCGCUGUGAGCAUUGCAUGAAGAAUCCACUUACGAGGGAUGCGGCAUUUACGCACAGUUCUGAGAAAUGCGUAAAUACGGUCAAGCAAGCAGCGCUUUUGAAGGCGCGGAGUAGUAUGGGUUAUGGAUCUGGUGGCACGAAGCGCUCGAGCAGUCCGCCUAAUGCAUAUGCGGUGCCCUGCGAACACUGCAUUGAAAGUAGGGAUCCGAAGCGGUAUAAGAACGAGAAUGCGUAUUCACACAGAACUGGGGAGUGUUCUUGGCCAAAGUAG